UGUCGUUCCCAAUCAGCGGAUUCGAGCCGUGUGUGAGUUGGAGAUAAAUACCAUUAUAUAUCAGUAUAUAUAUCAGUAUAUGGUGUUGGAAUUGUACUGCUGUUAAUGUGUUCAGGUCAGAAUCAAGUUAUAAUAGAACGACAGACCCUGCGUGACUGUGUGGGGGCCGGUCCAUUGUCGUCUAAACAGUCGUGCUUGCUCUGUUGCGCAUGCGUUAAUGACACUAACAAAAUGUAACAUAAUUAUUAUUGUAUUGAAAUUAGUUACCGCUUGGUAUACAGAUUUCAUUUAGUGGCACUGAUUCACACCAGAAAAAGUCAUUAGAAAAAAAAGAAAAAAAAGAAAUUAUUGCUGGAACCCACUCCACAAAGAGAAAAAUUAAGCUUCAAGUAAACAUAAUCACUAAAAUAAGGCAGUUUUUCAGGGUGUGCAUUCUCAGCAACUGUGCAUAGGAUGUGCAUCAAAAUUUUGCUUAGUUCCCCAAUUUGCGUAAUUAAUAUGAUUAAAAUAGUCACAUGUUCAACUUCAACAAUGUCUUUGAACCUGUGAGUAACUUUCUAAAGCAUAAUAUGCUUUCACGAAACCUUAAGCAGUCUUGUGCAGGACCAAAAAAAAAAAAAAAAAUGAUGAACCUGUACCUGGCCAACACCAACGCUGACCAGACCCAGCAGGCCCAACACACAUAAACACACUCCAGUCCUCAUUGUGCUUGGUUCUGCUCAGCUCUGAAAGCAAAGAUCAGGCCAAAGUCACACAACAGCCGCUCACUGACCAACAAUCAGCCAUCAAUCUUGUUACUCCUAACGGUUCCAAUGCUUGAUGUCUUAGAGGAGACAAGAAGAAACUUUCAGAAACAAAAGAAAGCGCUUACAGUUACUGGGUCGAUCCGAUUGGACUUGAUUCCUCUUCCCCCCUGGAAUGGAUUGACUGAAUGAAGCUUUCCUGUAAAUGUAGGUGGGAAUCCGGAGAAGGAUGAUGACACACUGUGUGAUCAACACACAGGACAGGAGGGCAGGGAGGAUGCACACACACACACACACACACACACAUUCACAUUCACAUGCUCUGACUAAAAGGAGUGUAAAUGUUUGCUUGUUUGUCUGACCUGUCCAGUCAAAGUCAGUCAGAUCACAUGACGAGGUGCCAUUGUCAUCGACUUUGUAGGCCCGACUGUGUGUGUCAGCACUAAUACACGCAUUGCACCUCGUUAAUUUACAGGAACGUUCUCGUACAAGUACAGUAGUGUUAGGGGGGAAAUUAUUUUCUUUUUGUUCGUUUGUGUUUUAGGGUCUCUAUUUGUUUACAUAUGUGCUUUGUGUGUUUAAGAGGUACUUUGUCCCUGACGACCUUUACCCCUCUACCACACGGAUUCAUCCAGUGCACUGAACUUAUCAUGGAGACUGCAUAUUUUUGGUCUAUUUUCCAUGUGUGCUUGGGAAGUCUUAAGAACAAGAAAAUAUGCAAAGUAAAGAUGUGCCAAGUGUCGAGUGCCAUGGAGAACCUUUCCGCAAUGGCACCCCCAACCCACAUAAAGAAUGGUACUUACCCCCACUUAAUUUCACAUCGCAUAUCAGUUCACUGCACACUUGAAAGACCCGAUAUUAAAGGGAAUCUGUUAUGGUUUUUCCACUUUUCUGACUUAUAAAUGUAGUGAAAAUGUUGUAUUCUCAUGUUAAACGAUGCGUUUCAGAUAAUGAGGUUUGCGCAUCUGAACGCUUGGUUUCAGAGUUGAACCAACAACUAGGCUUCGACAAAGAUAGAAAAAAAGUCUUUGUCAUUUGGGGCGUGUCAUCAAGAUACUGUGAGAUUAUGAAUUAUUUAAAGUCAACUAUGACUAGGUUCAUCGAGUGUGUGUUUAUUAUAACGAGUGCAUUAUGUUUGGAAAAGUACAGGCAACCCCAUGACCCUGAAAAAAGAUUGUCAGUUAAAACAUGGAUGGAUGAUUUCCCACAGUAAAGACAUCCUUUUUGUCUGAACGUCUGAGGUGUCAAAACAGAACGGCAAAGUGGUCGGCUGUUCUACCUCCUCUGACAGUUCACUUCCUCUGUAAGAGACUUGCCAAAAGAGUUUCACAUUUACACGCCUAACGUCUGAAGCAGAAUCUGUACAUAGCCUGACAUUAGACUUGUCGUGGAUUUAAAUUCAUUUUCAUAAUGACAGGAGGAUGCUAUGUGCUUUUCCUAGCUGCUAUAAUUCCAGGAACCUACACCCUGGCAAAGCCGAAGGGGGAACCAUGCAUCAAAGCCACCCUGGGAGCACAGUACAUUGUCACGAUUAAGAAGAAAAGUUGGUACUACAAUUUGGAUCCUUCCAAGGUUCUGUCCAGUGGUUACUGUCACAAAGAUGCUGCUGUUCUGUCUCUCACACUAUUGGAUGAUGCUGCCAGCCUGCAGUUUAUUUUCAAAAAGGAGAAUAAUCUUUUCUAUGUCACCAAGCUGACUGCUUCAGUGUCUCCUCGGCCUGUCUGCUUGGGAUGUGCUAAUAAGACUUAUUCUGGUUUGGUGGAACGUGACAAGCUGUUUGCUGCAUCUUUUGGGCAAAGCUUCAAGUGCAAAUCUGCAAAUGUGCUUCUGACGUCUUCAGAAUUAAGCCUGAAGCUGGUCCCUCUGCAAAUGCAAGCCUUCAGUGUACCUAAUGGACGAUAUGGAGAAGAGGUGGAGUGUUUUGCUGAUUUGAACAAAAGGGUCGUACCUACUGUACUAGGGGCCAUUGUGAUUGGACUCUUGCUGAUUGCUACUCUGACCUUCUUAUUUGUCAGAGACCGUCACAGACAUGGCUAUGACAGCCUCUGAGAUUACUCUGACAAUGGUCAAAACUUAUUACUCAGGGCAAAGCUUCUUAAAUUAUGUACUAAAUGUAUAUUUCAUGAAUGUAUAUUUCUGCAAAAAAUAUUAAUCUUUUUUAAAUAAAAAAUGUCAAAUU